UUCGCCGGUUAUCACGCAUGAUGGCAGCUCCGUUUUUUGCGCUAAGUAUCCGCUGAUGCAGGUUAUAGGAGUCGCGCUGCGAGAUGUAAACUGUAUUUUUCAGAGAUUUUUGUAGUUGCUUGUUGUUGAUCGAUAAAAAAGUUAUCGACAUGUCUCCCGUGAAAUUUUUUUACACUUGCAAAAGAUUUAUUCAUUUUGGAGCACGACUUCGUCACGAAGUCAAAUGGAUUAAGCCCAGUGGUUUCGAAACCAAUGUCGUUGUGUAUAAUCCAAUAACGAAAUGCAAAACGCCGCUGAUUUUAAGAAACAAUAAAGUCGCCACAUGGUACAUGUGUGGCCCUACUGUCUAUGAUUCUGCCCACAUCGGACAUGCUUGUACAUAUGUAAAGUUUGACAUCAUCAGGAGAAUUCUGUCUGAAUUUUUCGACAUCAAUGUGGUACUAGUCAUGGGAUUAACAGACAUCGAUGACAAAAUUAUUAAGAGAGCUAAUGAGUCUGGUCAGAGUUGGCAAAGCAUAACUCAGAAGUAUGAAAAGGAAUUUAUAUCUGACAUGGAUUCGUUGAAUGUCUUGAAGCCUUUUGCAACUUGCAAAGUUACCAAUUACAUACCACAAAUUGUUGAAUUUGUUGAAAAAAUUGUAAAUAAAAAUGGAGCCUAUGUAGGAAAAGACGGCUCUGUGUAUUUUGAUACUUCAAAUUAUAGAAAUUAUGGAAAGCUGGAUACUCCACAAGCACAAGAACCUCAUCCUGACAAAAGGUCAUCUUUGGAUUUUGCUUUGUGGAAAGCUUCGAAAGAAAAUGAGCCUUAUUGGGAGAGUCCUUGGGGCAGAGGAAGACCGGGUUGGCACAUAGAAUGCAGUGCAAUUGCUAGCACAGUAUUGGGAAGCAAUAUUGACAUACAUAGUGGAGGAAUGGAUUUAGCAUUUCCACAUCAUGAAAAUGAAGAAGCUCAGUCUUGCUGUUAUCAUGAAAAAAAUCAGUGGAUCAAUUAUUGGCUCCACACAGGACAUUUACAUCUUGAAGGAGAUACAAAAAUGUCAAAGAGUUUACAAAAUACAGUAAGCAUUCCCAGCUUAUUGAAAACUCAGACAGCUAACCAAUUUAGGAUGUUGUGCCUUCUAAGUGACUACAGGAAAAAUGUCAUAUUUUCAAAGACAUUAGUUCAUACUGCUAUCACUACUUUAAAGAAGAUUGAAUUUUUCACAAGUGACUGUAAUGAAUACAUUUGUGGAAAACUUGACUGUGGAAAUGUAAAUAGUGUUGAAUUGCUAAAAUGUUUAGAGGAUACAAGACAAGAAGUGAAUAGUGCACUUGCGGAUGAUUUUGAUACUGCAAAAGCUAUGCAUGCAAUUUUGAAAUUAAUUUCAUUGGGUAAUAAAAUGAUACAAGCAAAACAUGUUACAACAGCAGCAAGAGAGACAGGAAGCAUUGCAGCAGUAUCCAAUUAUGUACAGUCAGUCAUUUCAAAAUUAGGCAUAUCUCAAUCAAUGGGAUCUAAGCAAAGCAACGACAUAUCUCAUGUACUGGAUAUUACUGUUGCAUUUAGAAAUGAAAUCAGGUCUAUUGCUUUAGCCAAAAGUGAAAAAGAUGUUGAAUCACUGAAGGCUUGUGAUAAUCUUAGAAAAAACUUGUCUGAUUUUGGAGUAGACAUAAGGGAUAGACAAGGAAAAUCUUCUUGGACCUUGAGAGAACGUUAAAGUUGGCUUUUGUAAUUUAUGUAAAUAAAGUUUAUUAUCUAUUGUACAAAACGAAAA